GGUUCUACUGCUGGCGCGCAGGGCAGGCAGUAGGUGGCUUAGGCUUAGGGGCGCCUGCGGUCGGCAUGAGCGGCUGUGGGUUCUUCUUGCGCAGGGCGGCUGCGGCCCGAGCCUGCCGGGCUCUGGUGGCCCUCACGGCGAGUCGACGCCCGCUGCGCACCAGUCCGCACAGUCGAGGUUUCGCCAAGGAGCUCUGCUUGGGCAAAAUUGAGAAGAAUGGAGUUUUCCCAUUCCCAGAGGUGAGCCAAGAUGAACUUAAUGAAAUCAAUCAAUUAGUAAAACCUGUGGAAAAAUUCUUCAUGGAAGAGGUGGACUCUGGAAGAAUUGACCGGGAAGGAAAGAUCCCAGAUGACACUUUAGAGAAACUGAAGAGCCUAGGGCUUUUUGGGAUGCAGGUCCCAGAAGAAUAUGGUGGCCUGGGCCUCUCCCACACCAUGUAUGCACGGCUGGGGGAGGCCAUCAGCCUGGACGCAUCCAUCACUGUGACCCUCGCAGCGCACCAGGCCAUUGGCCUCAAGGGGAUCAUCUUGGUCGGCACUGAGGAGCAGAAGGCCAAAUACCUGCCCAAGCUGGCGUCUGGGGAGCACAUCGCUGCCUUCUGCCUCACGGAGCCAGGCAGCGGGAGCGAUGCUGCCUCCAUCCAGUCCAGAGCCACGUUAAGUGAAGACAAGAAGCACUACAUCCUCAAUGGCUCCAAGGUCUGGAUCAGCAACGGAGGCCUGGCCAGUGUUUUCACUGUGUUUGCAAGGACUGAGGUGGCUGAUUCUGAUGGCUCGGUAAAAGACAAAAUCACAGCUUUUAUAGUCGAAAGAGACUUCGGUGGAAUCACUAAUGGGAAGCCUGAGGACAAGUUGGGCAUUCGGGGUUCUAACACUUGUGAAGUCCACUUCGAAAACACCAAAGUGCCUGUGGAAAAUGUCCUUGGAGAAGUUGGAGGUGGCUUUAAGUUGGCCAUGAACAUCCUCAACAGUGGGCGGUUCAGCAUGGGCACGCUAGUGGCCAGCAUGAUCAAGAAAUUGAUUGAAAUGACCGCUGAAUACGCCUGUACAAGGAAGCAGUUCAACAGGAAACUGAGUGAAUUUGGAUUAAUCCAGGAGAAGUUUGCACUGAUGGCUCAGAAGGCAUAUGUGAUGGAAAGCAUGGCCUACCUCACCGCGGGGAUGCUGGACCAGCCAGGGCUUCCAGACUGCUCCGUGGAGGCAGCCAUGGUGAAGGUGUUUAGCUCCGAGGCGGCCUGGCAGUGUGUGAGUGAGGCGCUGCAGAUCCUGGGGGGCUCGGGCUACAUGAAGGACUACCCCUACGAACGCAUGCUGCGUGAUGCCCGCAUCCUCCCGAUCUUUGAGGGAACCAACGAGAUCCUCAGGCUGUUUAUUGCUCUGACGUGCCUACAGCAUGCUGGCCGGAUCCUGACCACAAAGAUGAAUGAAUUGAAACGGGGCAACAUGGGUGUAGUCAUGGAGACCAUUGGCCGGAGGCUUCGGGACUCUCUGGGCCAAGCUGUGGACAUGGGCCUGACAGGCGAUCUUGGACUGGUGCAUCCUAGUCUUGGGGACAGUGCCACAAAGCUUGAGCAGAAUGUCUUUUUUUUUGGCCGGACAGUUGAGGCACUGCUGCGCCGCUUUGGAAAGAGCAUUGUGGACGAGCAGCUGGUGCUGAAGCGGGUGGCCAACAUCCUCAUCAACAUGUAUGGCAUGGUGGCUGUGUUGUCACGGGCCAGCCGCUCCAUCCGCAUUGGGCUCCGGGACCACGACCAUGAGGUUCUGCUGGCCAACAUGUUCUGUGUGGAAGCUUAUUUUCAGAAUCUCUUCAGCCUGUCUCAGCUGGACAAGGAUGCUCCAGAAAACCUGGAUAAGCAGACCAAGGAAAUAGCCCAGCUGAUCCUUGAGAAGCGCGCCUACAUCUGUAGCCACCCCCUGGACAAGUUGUCCUGAGGCAACAAGUUGUCCUGAGGCAGGGACAGUGCUACUUCCUGCCCCCACGCCAUGGCUGACCGCAGACACCAUGGAGAACUCAGGGCCAUCCCAGCUAGCUGCCAGUGGGCACCGGACAGGCUUCUCCUUGCCCAGGGUCUUGGCUGGCCCUGACCCAAAGCCUGCAUCUGAUCAGAUGAGAACCACUCACAACUGUGGAGAGCAUAGAGUUGCUGAGGCCUGGCACUGCAGCUGUGGGACAGUUGAGAAGAUACCACAGUGGUGGCUCCAGGCUUGCAGGGCUCUGUCUGAGGCAGGGGCUAUCGUUUCUACCAGACCGCAGGUCAAGAAAUGGCUUGGAAGCUAUGACUUGGUCAUGCAUGGAUACUAGGAGCAAAAUGUGUGUCAGGAGCCAUUUAACAAAAAGAAUGUAAAAUGCCA